GAUCAACCAUUCUGUUAGAAGUUGCUGCACCGGACUGACGGAACGUCCGAGAUGUUAAUAAGACAUCGUAACAUGUAGAAGUAACCGAGUUUAACCUUUAACCUUUGUACAUAUUGGAUAAGAAUAAAAAAAAGGUGGAUUAUGUGAUGUGCUACAAUGGUCCCAGGAUGAAUUUGAGAUUGUUUAAUUCAAGCCAUAUGUAUUUUUACGUUGCAUGUUUAUCUGUUUUUCUGCUGUCCGUCCAGUCCUCUGUACAAAUUAACUCAACGUGCGACGAACGGAGGGAGUUCAGAUGUGUUAACACAUCUCGUUGCAUUCCUUUGUCGAGGGUAAAAGAUGGAAAACUUGACUGUCCGGAUGCUUCUGACGAAAGAUGUUCGCCUGACGAAUUUCAAUGUCGAACUGGGUUGCAGUGCAUCGAUAACAACAAACUGUUCGAUGGGUGGAACGAUUGUCUGGAUGGCUCAGAUGAAGUGUGUUCGGAUGGUCAGUUCAAGUGCAAUUGCGGAAAACCUGUUUGCAUCGAUGAGAAACACGUGAAAGAUGGGGUCAAGCAUUGCGAAGAUGGUUCUGACGAAGAAAAUUCGAUCAGGAAGGGAAUUUGUGACUUAAAAAAUAAUAAUGUCGAAGAUUUAAUUGCCAUGGAAAGGAAGAAGAGACAAGCAGAUGGCGACCUCAGGCCUACAGGCCUUCUGACGGCCACAACCCAGUUUGAAAUUAGGGGAGACAAAACAACACGUUUCGUCACAGAAGUGUAUGGUACUUACAUCGCCAAUAACUAUGCCAAACUCUUUAGUACCCGCAUCAGUGCCUAUAGAGACAUUGCCAAUCCAAGUGAACUUGGCCAAAAGACUCAGGGAUAUUCUACUGUAGCCAUUUCUCCCUCGAUAAACGAGAUAGAAAAAUCGAAAACCGUUUAUGGCGUCAGUAGGAUAACCGAAACGUUCAAUUCUCUAACGUCUGGUAAAGUGUACCAAACUGCAGUAAACGAAUUGGCUUCUUCAGUCACAUCCAACACUCAUCACGUAAACAGUGGUGAAAACGAAAUUAGGAGCUUUCAAGUUUCCAAUAUGAUUAGCUCCAGACAUAAAUCAGGCGAUGCUGACAUCGGUUACAACACAAAAAGAUACAAUCCCGAGCUUGCAACACCCCCAUUAGUUCAGCAUCCUGGUGUUAGUACCAUAACAGUCGCUGCUGCCGGUGUCAACAGCUAUACAGUUGGAGGAAGUAAGAGCAAUGAAGAUUUUGUAGUUUAUGCCGUACAAGAUGGUAUAGUUUUAGAUACGGCCGAUAGUAUAACGGCCGGUAGAAUUGGUGCCAUACGAGCCACUGGUACAUUUAAAGGAAGAGCUUAUCCUGAUAUUCCAGUUACUUAUAGAGAGCCACGUCUUCUUGGUCGAAAGAUUGAUUCUGAUUUAACUGAGAACAAAUCAGAAUCGAAGCCAAAGCAAGAGGCCAGUCAAGAAAAUAAGAAAAGUGUGCCAAACGACACUGAUAAGCAGUUAAACAAAGCAUUUUCUUCAUUAUACGAUGAUAAAUUGAACAAUUCAACACAAAUGGAAUCGAUGGAGAGGCUGACACUUUUUGGAUUUGUAGAAUUCACCACGACAAUAUCAGGAACAGAAGUAGUGUUUAUGCCUUCUACUACGGAUGCCAAAAAUAAAUAUCACUUGACACCCGUUCAGAAGACGAAAAGUAGUAAAAAUAUUAAAAAACUCGAGAAUACAAGCCCAGAAUCUACUACCGCAACGGUUAGGAAUACACCAGCUUUGAGUAUAACACCCACAAAAUCUAUAAUUUUAACAGAAACAUUUACAAAAUCUAAGAUUUUAACUGAAACACCCACUGUUUUAGAGACAGAAACAUCUAAGAAAUCUAAGAUUUCAACUGAAACACCCACUGUUUUAGAGACAGAAACAUCUAAGAAAUCUAAGAUAUUGAUAGAAACACCCACUACAUUAGAAACAAAAACAUUAGAGAGCCAAAUAGAUGUCAUAUCGCCUAGUUUCAGCAGCAUAGAAACGAACACAAUUUCAGUUACUCCAACCUCAUCCUUUACAGAAAACGAAACCGAUCCAAAUAAAAUUAGCGUAGAUGAAAGUAAAAAUCCAUCGAACCAAUUAGAAACUACAAUGACACAAGUGAAAUCUACCAUUCCUGACAGUAGCUUAUCCGAAGUAACAGGGCUAGUGAAUUCCAUAACUGGUACAGAAAUUCAGAAUGGGGUAACCACCCACUGGACCACUAUGAUUAUAGGUACGCACAUUAGUGGAACAUACGCACACAUAGUCCAGAGCACUUCUAGCAUAUUUUUUACGUUACCAUCGACGACAAGCGCAAAUACAGUAGGCACAACUUCCAUCCUGACAGGAAGGUCAGUUGGAGAAGAUGAAGGUGUGAUUAAUGAUUUAUCUUCUAUCUUUAAUUCAUCAGAAGUAAUUAAUGACUAUGUAUCUCCCUCUCGAUCGCUCGAACUCGUUAAUAGUGCAUCAGUUGAUCCCUCCGAUAAGUCCGAUAGUGAUUCAUUAAUAAUUGUUAAUGCCACGGAGCAGGAAGUGGAACACCCUAAAGUUUCGGUGCUGACGGAUAAUUUUCUAACAUCUCAACUCGCUUCGAAUAAUGAGGAUCUGUUAGAGCUGCAAAGUAUCCUUAUUCAGCCAACGAAAUCCAGUGAUUAUCUGGAAAUGUCAAGCAGUGAAUUAAUACUGUCUGAUCUUACCUCCCCUCACGUAGAGCCGGAAAUAAUGAAAGACUCUAGCAAAGUUUUGUCAAGUGAUAACAUCAAAAGCGCACAUUCAACAAUUUUAACUAAUAGUUUUAUUUUACCGAGUGAAUUACCACCAACCGAAGCUCGACAGGUAACAUCAGAUACGUUAUCAACGACCUCGCAUAUACAAACGCCCAUUUUGGAAGAAGUAAACUCUCGCCAACCCAAACGUCUACAGUACACUACCCUCACUUUCUUUACAACUUAUCGCAGCGGUGAUCAAUACUCAACAUCUAGCAGAAUUGUUACCUUGAGCAACUACUAUGAAGAUACUCAAAACUCCGGAACACAAACAUCAAUCAGCGUAACGGAGCCAGCAAAGUUACAUAGUAAUUAUCCCACUCUUUCGGAUGCAGUGAGGCCAACGACGUACUUUACUACAUUCACGUAUUAUACUACACUUUAUAAAGAUAAUACGACUUCAGUUAACAGCAGAAAAGAAACUGUAAGCAGAAUAGUUGGCGGUGAUGCUACAAAAGAUUCGAAGCAUACAUUACGUACGAAAAUCGUUAGAGGACCCCAAACGCACUUGAUUACCAAUUAUAUAGUGCCCGUAACACCUACACCGUCCUUAACACUUCAACGAACUACUUAUUUUACCACUUACACUUAUUACACGACUAUACAUAAAGGAGGGAGCACAGUGAUCAAAAGCAAAACAGAGGUGUUAUCGAACGUCAUAACAGGCACGCCUAAAAGCACGAUCUCAGUUCGUCCCACAUCUUCGACACCGAUUCUUCCUUCCGUGACAACACAGCUCACUACUUACACUUUCUUUACUACAUUAUAUCACGAAGGUAGUAGCUACGUUUCUAGUAGAGAAAGUACCUUUACUAACCUCAUCACGAGUACGAAAUCCACUACAAACACUCCCACUCCCAAACUUAGAACUUCUAUCAAAACAUCGUUUAUUACUUUGCUUUAUGAUGAUACUUCGACAGUAACGACAUUUUAUGAGACAAUUGUGAAACCUGCAAAAGAAUUUAUUACAUCUUCAACAACAUCCAAAACUAAAGAAUCUGCUUUGCAAACUUUAGAAAAGCUAACCAAACACAAUGAUUUACAAACAUCCUAUUCCACAAGUUUAUACUUAAUAACUCUUUUCUCGGGAGGUACGUCAACUGUCAGUACAAAGACUGUAACAUUGACUAACUUGGCAUCUACUGUUGCUACUACACACUCGCAACAGCUUAGUAUCUCCGCUACACCAACGUUAACAACACUUCAAACUGAUGACAAACCCUACACCAUUCGUUCAUCAAAACACGAAACUACAAUUUUCGCUGAAGAACCCAAACCGGAGAAGAUCACUAAAUCAACAGAUACAAAGAAACACUACUCGACUUACACUUACUCUGUUACACUUUUCUCCGAAGGCACAUCUACGAUAAGCACCUUAACAGAAAUUGUGAGUAAUUCAGUAACACCUACAGCUGUAUCGGCGCUUCAGCAAAUUACACCAACAAAUAAAAAUUUAGAAGUAACGCAGCAAACUACUUUAACCUUUUAUACGACCCUAUUUAGCGGUACAACGUCAAAGAUUAUUAGCAAUACCGAAUACAUAACGAAUGUAGUCACCCUCACAGAACCAAAACAGAGCAUCGCAGCAACCGAAACUUUAAAAGAUAUUAGCGAAUUAGGGGUAGAAGAUCUGGUAGCUCAAGCUGACGAGUUGCACCCUCUGUUGCCCUCUCCUAUUACCUUAUACACGACUUACACGUAUUACACUACAAAAGACAAUGGUAAAAAGAAAACAGUCGAUACAAGAUACGUAGUAGUGUCAGAUGUUCUAGACCAUCCCCCGCGGCUACAAAACACGGAUAAGAGUAUAAUUCCCUCAGUUGAGCGUGGUAAGAUUUCAGUAACUCCUACUCAAAGAACUAAUUAUAAUACAUACACUUACUACACUACAAAUAUUAUUAAUGGUUCCCCGGUUAUUACUACCAGAAUAGAGACAAAAACAAAAAUUAUUCCCGAAGAGAAAAUUAUAAGUUCUCGUCGAAACAAGCUUGAUCCAGUCCAUUUUAUUGAUGAUGAUAAUAAGAGCCAAAGAACGAAUUAUCAUUCAAUAACACAAAAUGGUUUUGUUACACAUCCAGAUGUUGCUGAUCCGCCAGAAUCUCAGACAAUUCAUCACGUUCUUGGACGAAAAUUACUCUCUGAACAGGAAGUCAUUGAUGCUACUCCUACUCUAAAGUCAACGACUCCAUCAGAUGCUGAGGAACUAAACAAAUCAAAUAGUACACAUGAAAGUAGAAUGGAUUCUUUUUCAAAUUCUUCAAGCGAAACUAGCAAAACAACUGAUUUAUCUGAAAAUAUUCUUGAUAAUUUAUCAAUUACGAGUUCUUUUGAUGGGGUAAGCAGCGAAAUAAAAUCUUCAAUCUCACCAACUCCUCAGUUAAAAAUUCAAACAACUGAAUCAAUAUCUUCAAGCAAAAAUAAAGUAACAGAAAUCCAUACUUCCGAAAUGAUGACAAAUAUUACUAGUGUAGAAGUAUCACCUACUCUUAAAGAAAAUUCGACAAAAUACGAAGCUGCAGAAGCCCAGCAUCAUCAAAAAGUCGUGAAACCUUUCCCCGUAACGCAUUAUACAACAUACACAUAUUUCACAACAAUUCUGAAACCUGGCGGAGGAACUUUAAUCACGAGUCACCUAAAAGUUGAAUCCUCUACUGCUAAUAAUAUUCUACCGACAAGAAGUAAUCAUAUUCAAAGAACAAAAACUCCCCAAUCUAUACACGGAAAUAGAAAAAUCAAUUCGUAUCCUUCUAGAGCUUAUCACUUGCAUCCAUCCAGAGGCUUGCCAACAACUUAUACCACUUAUACCUAUUACACAACUAAAUUUAUCAAUGGUAGGACGAUUGUAGACACUCGAUACGAAACUAUAACAAACGGUGUCAUCAACAGAAGAGAAUAUAUACAACCCACAAGAGCGAAUCACCUUGAUUAUGACAAGCAUAGAACUACAUAUACUUAUCAUACAACCAGAUUCAGAGAUGGUACAGCUUUAGUCAACACCAGAAAACAGACCGUAACUAACCCUGCAUACGUGCAUCGACAUACCCAACCUUUGCGUUCUUACAGUACUCAUUCACACCCCUACAGAUUUUCCAACGGUCGACAUUGUCCCGGUUGUCAAGCUCAAGCAAAUAACGCAGUACAUCGCAAUUCUGCUCAUCGAAGACUUCCACAUAAUUACCCAAACACUUUUUUGACAAGCGUACCUGUAAAGAGAUUGAAGCCUAAUUACCGAUCAUUAACUGGUUCUUUACAGCAUAUUACAUAUACCGCACCUCCGAUACACAAACCUGAAGAGGCACAGCGAUACGAGCAUACCAUAAUACCCACACGUUCCACUUACUACACAACUUAUACGUAUUUCACAACCAUCCUGAAGCCCGGAGGAGGUACCGUCGUUAGCAGUAACAUUAAAGUUGAGUCAUCUGUAGGCAAUAGAAUAUUACCUACUAGAGUAGAUCACGUGCAUCGCACCAGAAUCCCAACACACGGACACAACGAAAGAGUUACCAUUUAUCCCUCCAGAAGAACACACGGACAUCCUCGUUACGACACUGCACGCACAACGUAUACAUAUUUCACUACACAUUUCGUUAACGGUAGAACGAGCGUCGAUACCAGAUACGAGACUAUAACAAACGUCAUUACAACUACAAUAACAGAAGGAGAUCGUCAUAUUCAUCCCACAAGAAUCAUACGUCCAGGAAACAUUCCGCACGAUGUACACCGUACCACAUAUACUUACCAUACGACAAGGUUUAGAGACGGAACAGCAAUAGUUAACACUCGAAGACAAACGGUGACAAACGCUCACCCCGAUAUAGCGCAUCGGCACACGUACACUGGAUCUUACAAUACGCGAGCUGCUUAUCGACCAUCGUUCUCUUCUGCUAGAUACGAUCCUGCUGUCGCUCAUUGCCACUCUUGUGAUGAUGCUAGACCAAGACGUCCGUCAGCUCGAUCUCACGGGGCACGUCGUAUUCACGCUGAACACACCAUUGCAGUGCCUAAUCAACUGGUCAAACCGCAUCCCGUAACACACUAUUCGACUUACACAUAUUUUACGACGUCUCUAAUAAAUGGUUCGCCCGUUGUUUCGAGUCGCAAAGAAACAGUUACCCAAGUUCUUUCGGAUGUUGUGGUACCAACACUAGUUCCUUUAUCUGGGUCCGCAAAUAACAUACACAGCCAACACAGAAGAGGUAAGAGAAGAGUUGGAAGACGUUUGUUAAGUGAAAAUGAUGACGUGGUUUAUGUGACGGCUACUAUAAUAGAUUUGGCAUCUCAACAGCCAAUUUUCCCGUCUGUGACUAUAGCAGAUUCAUCUAAUAUAUCAAAAUUUCCACAAUCUUCCCCAUCUGCAUCAGUAGAGUCCGUAACAGAAGAUGGAAGCAGAUCAGUAACUGAUAGUGACGAUAAAAAUUCGUUGCAUUUAGAAACCGUACAUUUAUUAUCAAGCGUGUUGAAUACAGUAACAGUUGAAACAACACAAAACAGCUUGAAUAGUGUUGUAAUCGUAACACCUAAUUUACCUGAAGAAAUGGUGAGAUCUUCGAAAAGUUUACUUAGUGGAGAAGACAUUAAAACAACACCCAUCAAUGAUCAAACAGUAACAGAAAUUAGAAGCGUAACAGGCGGCACUGUAAAUACAGAAGAAAGUAAUUCUGGUAUAGAAAUAAAUAAAGAAAAUUUAACUCUCUCUCUCGAAGACAGUUCAGUAGAUACUGCCAAUAAAACUGAACACAAAGGUGAUUUUAAUGAUAAAAUUCAACCAUCAAAAAUAAACAGAACAGAUAAAUUUGAUCCCUCACAACAAAAUUUGACGAACAAUUUCGACAAUAAGAUUAACUUCCCCGUAGAACUACACGAGGCAGAAGCUAUAAAUAGGAGAUACGACAUUCGCCCGACACCCGUUACUCAUUACACAACUUACACAUAUUUCACUACAAUUUUAAAGCCCGAAGGUGGCACAAUAGUAACAAGUCAUCUUAAAGUAGAAUCGUCGAUAGCCCAUAAUAUCCUACCGACUAGAACAGAUCACAUUCAUCGUAUAAGAACCUAUCCGUCGAACGAAAAUAGAAGAAUAUCACCUUCCAGAACGCGUGUACAUUCAUAUCUCUCUAGAAACGAUAAACCGACUGUUUAUACUACUUACACCUAUUAUACAACAAAGUAUAUUAAUGGCAGAACAACAAUCUCAACCCGAUACCAAACAAUCACAAACGUUAUUAGUGCUACAGUAAGAGAUAGAAAUCAUUAUAUACGACCCACUAGAGUGACACAACGACACGACUAUAAUCAUCCCGAUGUUCACCACACUACUUAUACGUACCAUACGACCAGAUUCAGAGAUGGUACAGCUUUAGUCAAUACUAGAAAAGAGACCGUAACUAACCCUGCAUACGUGCAUCGACAUACCCAACCUUUGCGUUCUUACAGUACUCAUUCACACCCCUACAGAUUUUCUAACGGUCGACAUUGUCCCGGUUGUCAAGCUCAAGCUAAUAAUGCAAUUUAUAGAAGUUCUGCACAUCGAAGACUUUCACAUAAUUAUCCAAAUACUUAUUUAACAAGUGUUCCUUUGAAGAGAUUAAAACCAAAUUAUCGAUCAUUAACUCGUUCUUUACAGCAUAUUACACAUACCGCACCUCCGAUACACAAACCUGCAGCGGCACAGCGAUACGAGCAUACCAUAAUACCCACACGUUCCACAUACUACACAACUUAUACGUAUUUCACAACCAUCCUGAAGCCCGGAGGAGGUACUGUCGUUAGUAGUAACAUUAAAGUCGAGUCAUCUGUAGGCAAUAGAAUAUUACCUACUAGAGUAGAUCACGUGCAUCGCACCAGAAUUCCAACACACGGACACAACGAAAGAGUUACCAUUUAUCCCUCUAGAAGAACACACGGACAUCCUCGUUACGACACUGCACGCACAACGUAUACAUAUUUCACUACACAUUUCGUUAACGGUAGAACGAGCGUCGAUACCAGAUACGAGACUAUAACAAACGUCAUUACAACUACAAUAACAGAAGGAGAUCGUCAUAUUCAUCCCACAAGAAUCAUACGUCCAGGAAACAUUCCGCACGAUGUACACCGUACCACAUAUACUUACCAUACGACAAGGUUUAGAGACGGAACAGCAAUAGUUAACACUCGAAGACAAACGGUGACAAACGCUCACCCCGAUAUAGCGCAUCGGCACACGUACACUGGAUCUUACAAUACGCGAGCUGCUUAUCGACCAUCGUUCUCUUCUGCUAGAUACGAUCCUGCUGUCGCUCAUUGCCACUCUUGUGAUGAUGCUAGACCAAGACGUCCGUCAGCUCGAUCUCACGGGGCACGUCGUAUUCACGCUGAACACACCAUUGCAGUUCCUAAUCAAUUGGUCAAACCGCAUCCCGUAACACACUACUCGACUUAUACAUAUUUUACGACGUCUCUAAUAAAUGGUUCGCCCGUUGUUUCGAGUCGCAAAGAAACAGUUACCCAAGUUCUUUCGGAUGUUGUGGUACCAACACUAGUUCCUUUAUCUGGGUCCGCAAAUAACAUACACAGCCAACACAGAAGAGGUAAGAGAGGAAUUGGAAGACGUUUAUUGAGUGAGAAAGAUGACGUUGUUUACGUGACAGCUACAUUACUAGACGAUUCUUCUUAUGACCAUUCUGAUAUGCCAUCAUUUAUUACUCCAUACGAGCCAAAGGUGUCAAAUCAAUCAAAGGAAUCAUCGUCGAUAUCCUAUAAUUCAGAUUCUGUUAGUAAAACAAAUGGCAAAAUGCCAGUUUUACAGAGCACAAUACGUACUGCUGAUUCUAGUUUUAAAAUUGAUCAAAUACAAUCGUCAAUGGUAUUAAGCACAGUCGAAGAUGAAAUUAGUGACGUAUUAUCAAAAGCUUCUACACCGAUAUUAAAUUUUGCGCCAUCAGAAUUAACUUUGAAAUCGAAAAUUGUUAUUGAGAAUCAAACGUCUUCCAUUCAAGAAUCAGAGAAACAAACAUCGAAUGUUAAUUUAAUAGAAAGUUCAAUGUCAAUCAUUCAAGAAAGUUCAACGUCAUCUUUAAAUGAGCGCAAUUCUAUAUUAGACAGUGCUUUGAUAUCAUCCGCAACGGACAGUGCUUUGAUAUCAUUCGCAACGGACAGUGCUUUGAUAUUAUCCGCAACGGACAGUGCUUUGAUAUCAUCCGCAACGGACAGUGCUUUGAUAUCAUCCGCAACGGACAGUGCUUUGAUAUCAUCCGCAACGGACGGUGCUUUGAUAUCAUACGCAACGGACGGUGCUUUGAUAUCACCCGCAAUGGACAGUGCUUUGAUAUCACCCGCAAUGGACAGUGCUUUGAUAUCAUCCGCAACGGACAGUGCUUUGAUAUCACCCGCAAUGGACAGUGCUUUGAUAUCAUCCGCAAUGGACAGUGCUUUGAUAUCAUCCGCAAGGAGUGCUUUGAUAUCAACCCCAAUAUUGGAUCGACAACAAUAUGUUACUAAUGUUAAUAAUCAACAAAUGGAAAUUAAAAUUCAUCAAAAUUUUACAGAAGAUUCCAACAUCAAUGAGACAGAAUCGAUAAAAGUGUCGUUAAAUGAAAGUGUAACAUUUAAAGAUAACAAGAUAAACUUUCCUGUUGAAUUACAAGGUGCUGAAGCUAUAGGUCCAGUAUCAAUAACGCGGUAUCAUCCUAAAAUAGAUUCGUCUGAUAAUCGUAAAAUUUUACCGGAUAGAAAUUACCUCACUAGGCAUACCACUUUAAUAAGAAAUAUAAACAGCUAUAGCCGUCCUCAACAUAACCACAUUUCAGAUAUCCACCGCACCACUUAUACCUAUCACACGACCAGGUUCAAAGAUGGCACAGCUAUAGUCAAUACUCGAAAAGAAACAGUAACUAAUGCAUACGUGCAACAUACUCAACCACAACGUUCAUACAGCACUCACUCACACCCCUACAGAUUUUCCAAUGGUCGACAUUGUCCCGGUUGUCAAGCUCAAGCAAAUAAUGCAGUACAUCGCAAUUCUGCUCAUCGAAGACUUCCACAUAAUUACCCAAACACUUUUUUGACAAGCGUACCUGUAAAGAGAUUGAAGCCUAAUUACCGAUCAUUAACUGGUUCUUUACAGCAUAUUGCACAUACCGCACCUCCGAUACACAAACCUGAAGAGGCGCAGAGAUACGAGCAUACCAUAAUACCCACACGUUCCACUUACUACACAACUUAUACGUAUUUCACAACCAUCCUGAAGCCCGGAGGAGGUACUGUCGUUAGCAGUAACAUUAAAGUCGAGUCAUCUGUAGGCAAUAGAAUAUUACCUACUAGAGUAGAUCACGUGCAUCGCACCAGAAUUCCAACACACGGACACAACGAAAGAGUUACCAUUUAUCCCUCUAGAAGAACACACGGACAUCCUCGUUACGACACUGCACGCACAACGUAUACAUAUUUCACUACACAUUUCGUUAACGGUAGAACGAGCGUCGACACCAGAUACGAAACUAUAACGAACGUCAUUACAGCUACAAUAACAGAAGGAGAUCGUCAUAUUCAUCCCACAAGAAUCAUACGUCCAGGAAACAUUCCGCACGAUGUACACCGUACCACAUAUACUUACCAUACGACAAGAUUUAGAGACGGAACAGCGAUAGUUAACACUCGAAGACAAACGGUGACAAACGCUCACCCCGAUAUAGCGCAUCGACGCACUUACACUGGCUCGUACAGUACCAGAGGUGCGUAUAGACCAUCGUUUUCUUCUCCGAGAUACAAUCCAGGUUACAGAGAUUCUUGCCCAUCUUGUGACCAGACGAGACAAAUUUAUUCUCGUUACCGUGCAAUUAAUCACGAUCAUCACAGGCAAAGGAUAAUCGAUCGCCAUCGGAAGCCACACUACGAGGACAACAUAGGAAGAACUGCUGUCGAAUCAACACCUGUGACGCCACUGACAUUUUAUACCACUUACACAGAUUUUACAACCACAUUGCUGAAUGGAUCACCCGUCGUGAAGAGCACAGAAAGAACUUACACCGACAUUAUAUCAAAUAUAGUUGUUCCCACAUUAGCAACUAUAGCUCCAACGGGCAGUAGUCGCUCUUACAGGCUUUCUGGAAAUGCCAGGUAUAAACGUGAAGUGGAACCGAUCGAGUCAAUUGCUGAUACCCCUCAGAAAAACACAACGAUUUUCGGAAAUGAAAAUAUGAUUAACAGUGCAAGUUUUCAGACUGUCAACCUAAGUCCAUCAGUAGGAUCUACAGAAGCAGAACCUGCGAGCCAUCCUCUUGGAUUACUUUCUAGUAUAACAAAUUCAGUAAUAUCUAAUGGGAUUACUACACUUUUUACUACAAAAAUUUUUGGCACAUUCUUGAAUGGUCUCUAUGCUCAUUUUGCAUCAACAACUUCGACAACAGUUCCCAUUGAAUCUGCAAAAAGCACCGAACCUACAACUACUGACAAAUCUAGCAAAACUGGUUUGGUAUCCAGUCAUACCUCACGAGUAACUACAAAUGGCAAAACUAUAGUAUACACUACAAACAUAUAUGGGACAUACAUUGCUGGAGUAUAUGCACAGAGUGCCAGAACUACAUCCAACUUAUUAAUGCCUACUUUAUCAUCCUCAACACGAUUAAAUUUUCCUGUUCUUUCUAAUGAAAUAAAUCCGAAACGAAGUGAUAUUACAACAGUGCAAAGUUUAACAGUGAAAGAGUCAGUUACACCAAUAGUAAGCGUGAAAAAAGAAGUGUCGAGCACGAUGCCAUCAUCAGUUGUAAAGAUAUUAAAAACGUCACACCCCAUGGGGAUCUUGUCGACCUCUCUUCUGAGAAGUAAAGUUAGCCCGCAAGGAACCACAGUUUAUUACUCAGAAAUAGUUGGCACUCUGAUUAAUGGAAUAUAUGCACACGUGGGGAGAACUGCAUCUAAAGUAAUACCAGUUACACCGACGCACAAAGUUGGCUUGAUAGCUGCAGUAACAGAAACGGAAGUGAAUGAUAAAACAACAAUUUUGCACAUCACAGAAACUCGAGGGACGUAUCUGAAUGGAAUCUACGCUCAUGUUGUAGUUAGCAGUAAUCAUAUCCCCACUCCUACUAAAAACAUCCCUAUGAUGACUAAAAUGCCAUCAUCUGUAAUAGAAGCAUCUUAUUCCGAAAAUAAGUUAACAGAAGGAAAACACGAGACACCAAGUUUAGUCGGUGUUAACGUUAAAAGUCACGUAGUUGUGGAAGAUAGUUUACUUUCUGACAAAAUUUCACAUAUAACAAAUUCCGAAUCGUCUCACGUCAGACAUAAAAGAACACCAAGAUUUCAACUCUCGAAAAGACCAAGUAGAGUAUUUGGAAGAAGUUCUUCGCAGAGAGCGUCAAAAACAACAGGAUAUCGAAGUAACAAAAGCAGAGUCUCCCCUUCUAGAGUGAGAUCUACGUACAGCCCUUCAUCAUCAUCAACUAGAAAAUUGAAUUUUCCUUUAAGAAGGCCAACAAGAGCUGGAAGAUCUAGUGUACCUAAUCAAAAAUUAAGAAAUAAAAAGGAUGAUGAUAUCUACGAGGCGAGUGAGGCCGUAGUUCGUUCAGUAACACCGCAAUUAUUACCAAGUAGAAGACCAAGACCCUUAUUGCGUAGUCGUCCAAGCUUACCCAUCAAACCCACUCAACCAAAACCACCACCACCAGAAACAGUUCAAAGUACAGAAACUAAAUCAAGUAAGAAAACAUUCACCCGAACCAGAACUUAUGAUUACAGUUUGCCUUCUUCCAGUAAGACACAAGAACAACAAACUCAGAGUACCGUUAAAGUAGAAAAUGUUUUAUUAAAAGGAAAAAGGCCUCCUAGCUUAAUUCAAAGAAGAGCCAAGCAGAAUAUUGAUGAAGAUUUAGAUGAUUUUGAUUUGUCUCUGAGAACAAGCACCAAACGCCCUACACGUCCUAAUAAGAGAAGAUAUGGUACAUCACGUGGACGUCAGCCAUUUUUGCAAUCAUCCUUCACUACAACUAACGAGAUAGGGGAUUCGAUUUCCUUACCACUUCCACCUUUAGGACUGUCGAGAGGAGUUAGAAAAAGGCCAACAUUUGAUCCUAGAACCAUAAAAUCUUCAUCUACGAUCCAGACGAUCCAUACAAGAACAUUAAGUAGUGAAAUUUUUGAUAUUGAUCCUACAAGUAAACUCCCAGUAACUAUCAUGUCGUUGGUGACUACAGUCAAACAAUUACCAGUCAUCGUAGGGUUUCGUACGUCCACAGCAACUAUAACGACUACUGUUUAUGAAUCGAGUAUUAUACUACCACACGAAUAUACAACUGUGGUGAAUGGGGACUCAACGAAAUCAAUUUUUUCAACCACUACUGGAAUUCCAGAAUUGGGCUCCAACGAUAAGGAUACAAUAUUUACAGAAGUAUUAAUUACAACAGCAACUGUUUACACCACAAAAUUACAACCAAUCAAAAUCGGUUUCGGUACCCGUACUGACACCCUUAUCGACGUACAGAUUAUAAAUACAUUAACUACAAGUUACAACACUAUCGGAGGGCCAUCUUUAGCACAGCAAUAUCCAUUUUUUAACUUUCCUCAACAACAAUUUAAUCCCUUCAUGCCAUUUCCUCAACAGCAGGGAUACGCAUUGACAACAUCGGAAAAUUCUUUCGUAACUACAGAAACUAUUCUUUCUACUAAAGUUUUACCAAUAUAUCGUCAAGGUAAAACGAUAUACAGUACAAUAACAUCAACAUCAACUUCUGAAUCUAUAGUAGUAAAAACUACAACAGUACCAGUACCACAAGUACCCCAGGUUCCUCACGGUGGUGCCUUCAUAAUUCCCCAACCUUAUUUCAUUAUACCUCCAGUAACGACACAAAUUACGGUUUCCGUUACUGGUGCAAACGGACAAGUUAUAUCAGCAGUUACUACAGUGACAAUACCAAUCUAUCCUCAAAUGCCUCAUGCGGGUUUUCACGGAAGAUUUCCUCGAAGUGUGAGAAGUACACCUAGUGAAAAUUAUCAAAUGACUAAAACCACAGAUCCUACAAGUGUUAAUGACGAAACAGAAUGGACUGACGAAUCACAAUUUGAUAAUCUUUUACGUUCUGGACUGCGAGAGGUGCAUCAAGAAUUUAUUUCUCAUCCUACAGAAAAUUUAAAUUCGGUUCAAACUGAAGAACCAGAUACAAGAUGGAUAUUUUCAUCAAAAUCAUUAACUGAAGGUCAUGAACCGAGCGCUGUUGUUGAUUAUUUUGAUAGUGGUGACAAUUUCGAUGAUAACUAUGAAGUGGUUCGGUUUAGAGGAAGAAAACUGCAGCAAUUCUCUGAAGAAGAAGCAGUGGAAGAAGAAGAAGAUGAUGAUGAAGACAUUUUUCAAUCUUCAGAGACUUUACCAAGUUCUUCAUCACUUUUUCUAUCCGAAACAAAGAAUAUAACAGAGGAAACACCUUCUGAAUAUUUCUCGUCUCUUGUUCCUCUUGUUUCUCUUGACUCUACUUCUCCUUCAAUCCUGACUUCUUUUCAAGUUUCCGAAGUGCUAAACAGCAGUUCUGCUCCAACUGAUGUCACUAGAUCGGGCAGUUUUCGCAAAAUUGUGACUGUUAAACGUGGAAAACAUCAAAGUAAUUUUACUCGAAGAAUCAAAAUAACACGAGCGUUUUCUCCAACAGUAGGUCCAACUGAAAGUAUACCAACAAGACGAAGAGGUGUCGUUCGUAGGCUAAGACCAGGUACUGGUUACCGUGGUCAAAGAAGGCCUAUAUACAUAAGAAAACACAGGCCUACAAAACUGCCAGAAACUACCCCGUUAGAGGAGGAAUUGACAUCAGUAGAUUACAAUUACACAACGGAGCAGGAUGAUGAUUUGACAACAGAACCAACCACUGAAAUGAUUUCAACCGAGGCACAACCAACUACCAAAAGUCCUGCGGUUAGAAUAGUAAAGCUCAGAAGGCCUGCAGGUAAAAACUUUACGGGUAGGAGUAGAAUAGUUGUUACCAGAAAAUCGACAAGAAAGCCAGUUGAGGAAAGUGUUAGUUUGGUUACAUUUGAUGAUGACGAUGAUAAUGAUGAUGAUGUGAUCAGUGUUCCAGAUAACGAAGAGAAAAACUCGACGGAGAAUCGUUUGCAGCUUCCUAUCACUUAUUACACCACUUAUACAUAUUUCACAACAGUACUUAAUGGACCCAUUACUUCAUAUUUGAGUCGCGAAUCAGUCGUGUCAAAUGUCGCUACACAGACUUUAGAUGAUAUACUGGUCAGUGUUAUCAAAACAAACGGAGGAUUUUCUACUCAAACAAACUCAUUCAUCCCCCUUGGCUCAAAAACUCAUGGAACAACUACAACAGUUGUAAAUUUUGCGUCACGUUUACAAAUCUUCAACCGUGAACUAUCUGGAGAAAGUGAGAGUAAGCCCGAGACUGAAACUGAAAGCCUUCCAUUACCUUCAUCAUCACAGGAGAAUGAGCAGAGAACUAUGGACAUAUAUGAACUAGCCACAUUGCCAAAGACUUUUUACACUUUGCUAACUCAUUACUACACAUUUUACGAUGGUUUAUCCGUCCGCCAUUCGAAAAGAGAAGAAACAGUUUCUGAUAUAGCAACGGAUCCAGCAACAUUCUUGCAAAACACGUAUACGAGUAGCAUAGACGAGAAUGGUUACCUUACAGCCCUACCCGAAACUAAAUUGUUAAAUUUAGGAUCUACUGAUAUCCUUGGUACAAUCACUCAAGUCAAUUUGGGCUUGAAAACAAUUGUGCACUUUGAUCAACUUGCCAACGUCGCUGUUUCGGGAGAUAGCGAAAACGUGCAACCGACUCAGACUCUAACGUCACAAUACAGCCAGCUACCCUAUGAUAAUAGAUUGGAUCCAACAGAGCCUUUCGCUGACGAUCAGCAGUUAAUUGCUGAAAUUGUGCCAUUAGAACCGUCGUACGUUUCUUCUGGACAGCCAGAUCGAGCUUUCUUCGACAUCACACCAGUCGUUCCUGGAGUUAGUAAUGUUCCACCUAGACGUAAAAGUGUUCGAAUUAUCAGCUCUUUAGUUCAGAAACCCUUAGGUCGAUUUAGAAGUAGAGCGUUUCCGUCAAGACCUGGUGUCCGGGUCCGAGUUCGUCCCGCGCUCUCUAGGAGACCCGAAAAAGUGGAAAUUUCUUCAAAUCUAGAUGAUCCUGAAGUUCAACCUUCAUUCGUUCCUAAUCAGCCAAACGUCUACUCUUCGGAACCAUAUUUACCUUUAGUUGAAAGCUCGUUUAACGAUUUCUCUUCGAUUUUUGGACUUCCUAGUCUAGCUGAGGACGUAGCAUUUGUGGAUGUUUCUUCUGAUUCUGCUUCCCCAGAUGCAUAUUCUAGCGAUUUAUUAGAAGAUUCCCCAGAUUAUAAUGAAGAUCUUCCCGUUCAGCCAACGCCUGUUUUGGAGUUAAAUAACGAAGAUAAAACAAGUGAAACAGAAACAGAUUCAAUUCCCAGUUCUUCUGAAGAAUCACCAAAGAGUGCAACAGGAAAACGCAUCCGAAUUAUUUUAAGAAAAACACUGACUUCUUCUACAGAAGAAGAUUCUUCCACUUUAUCAUCCGAACAGUUAAAGACCAAACCAAGAUUUAUUGUUGUCACUAAAACUGGUUUGCAGGGUGGAGUGCGCCCAAGCAAUAAUAGAUUAGUAGUUACACGGCGAAUUAGACCUGGCAUAAGGACUAAAACUCUUAUCAGACCAACCAUCACGCAAGAAGAUCACACGACAAAAGAUUUAGCAACCAGCUCGAUAAUAAUUUCACCAAGUGUGACAAUUUCUCCACAAAAAUCCAGCCGAACGGAGGCAGUUACCUACUUUACUACAACAACCUUCACGGUUCCAGUUACUGUGGGCGAUCAAACAUUUUUAAGGACCCUCGAGAAGACUAACUCAAGAGUAGUAACCGAAGUAUUUGCACUAGAUACAUCUUCGAGCCUUCCUGUUUCGGAUAUUCCAUCGAGAGCAGUACCAACUUAUGAGAUCCUCCUCAAGCCUUCUAUUACUGUCACGGAUACUCAAUUAACUCAAAGUAGUAUUAUAGGAAUUACCAGUCUACAGGGCGGUCCAGACGGUACAACGACUCACAUCGUAACUUCAGAGGACAACGGCCACAUCGUGACUUCAAUCUUCUAUCCUGGUCUAGGAAGUUCGAUUGCAGGAACGAAGGUCAUUAGAACGAAUCAGGAAGGUACAGGAUUUACUUCCUUCUACGGAGUCAUUCCGGAAAGUGUUCUCGUAUCGGCGUCUCCAAGUUUCAGCGCUGAAAUUCCAUCCUCCACUCAUAUUACUAAUCCUCAACCAGUAGGAGGACAAGUUAGUAUUGGAGGAAAACUAAAUUUAGUUACUAGGGUCUCUAAUGGAGUGACUUUGAUCGUUGCUAGCGAAAGAGAUGGCAUUACAACGAACACGCUCCUUCCGGAUCCUACUCCUACGCUUACUUUCCAACCAACGUUAUUAACGGAUGCAGUUUUAAUGAAAGAUAUUCCUAAAGAGACUGUUACUUACAGUACAAAAACUUUCCUCACAACCUAUACCUUUUUUACAACAUUCUUCUCGGAUAACGAGCCUAUCGUUACUAGUUCUGAACAGGUUAUCACUAAUCUUUUUACAGCCCCUGUUACAGUUACGCUACCCCUUUCUAGUAGUAUCUCGAUAUUACCUCGACCCGAUAUAAAUGCUCAAGCUGCUGAAAUGGUUACUUUAUUCGAAACAAAAGAGAGAGUCGUUCCGAGUACACGUUACAGCACGUCUACAUUUUACGCUACUUUAUUCACUGGACAAGGUUCAUUUGUGACUCCAGUCGAAGAAGUGCAUUCUGACGUGGUUCCAGUUACUGAAACAUAUACCGUAACACGAACAAUUGCAAAACCUUUACAGCCUUCCAUAUCUCGCCUUACUUCCAUAGAAGAUAGGAUAAGCGCCGCUGCCAUUUCACCGGUGACGACAACGACAACACUGUUUACCACUUUUACAAAGUUCCUCACUCAGUUAAUAGGAACGAAUGCAAUUGUCAAGAGCACAGAAGAAAUUACAUCAAGUGUUUUAACGCUCACUUUUCCUCAAGCUAUUUCACCAACUUCUGCAAUCUCAACAAUACCUUUACAGACUUCUAUUACUCGCCUUACUUCCUCAGAAGAGAGGAUAAGCUCAGCUCCUAAUUCCCCGGUGACUACAACAACCACACUCUUUACCACUUUUACAAAGUUCCUCACUCAAUUAAUAGGAACGAAUGCAAUUGUCAAGACAACAGAAGAAAUUACAUCAAGUGUUUUAACGCUCACUUUUCCUCAAGCCGUUUCUCCAACUUCUGCAAUUUCAACUAUACGAGAAACACAGCUUCCAAUUCCGGUACCAGUUUUCACUACCAGAACAAAAUUCUUGACUACUACGAAUUACAUAACAUUUUUCGUAAAUGAUCAAACAACAUUGUCUCCUAUUGAAGACGUAGUACCCGUUGUAAUUACCGAAAGAAUAGAUCAAGCGGGCAGCAAAACGAUAGACACGAAAUUCGCAGUAAAAACAGAAAAGACUACCCCUCCUCAAACUCCCACUGUUGCAUUAAUUCCUUCCGUCAAGACAUUUUACACAACGUACACCUUUUUUACAACACUACUUCGAGACAACAUCCCCACUAUCAUCACUCAGGAAACUGUUUCUACAUCUUUCGCUACUCAAUUUGUACCUAAAUCUUCGACUUCUGAAAUCUCAAAACACUCUUCAUCACCGGAUCUAUCUACUUUGACAUUUUUUACAACGCUUUUCAAUGGAAACGAAAAGACAGUGAUCUCGAGCGUAACUGUCUUGUCUGACUUGAAACCAUCCACAGAAACAACUCCAACUAAAGAUAUUCUUACUCUUAUCACUACGUACACCUUCUCGACAACUCUCUUACAAGGUACGGACACAGUGUUGAAAUCUAGCGAAAGUGUCUUGAUUCAAGUUAAAACUCAUUCUCAAGAAAAUAUUGUGCCAACUAUCAGCGAAACCAAAUCUAUUUCCCCAACUUCUGUAAUCUCAACGAUAGUUAUACCAACUAUAAUUGAGAGUAGUAGCAGUUUCGAAAGCGAUACUUUAUCAAGCAGUUUCUUCGUUAAAGAGGAACCUAGCCUGCAAAAUAUCCAAAAUAAAGCAACUCCAGAAAUCAUAGAAAUUAAAACAAUAACAUCAACUGAAAAUAGUAUUUCAGUAGCAACAGAAACUAAUCCUUUAUUAGCAGGAACUUCUACUACAGUCAAUGGUUCGACUAUAGUUUUCUUCUCUGAAAUUCAUUCUGAAUCCCCACCAACUCUUACCAUCUCUUCUGAUGACGUUGUUCUCACAGAUGCAUCGAGUACAGUAACAGAUUCUGGAGAAAUAGCGAGUACUUCUGAUAUUGCUGUAGAAUCGUCAAGUGUUGUAACAGAUGAGUCAAGUGUUGUAACAGAUGAGUCAACAAUGAUUAUUGAAAUCUCAAGUAGCUUACUAUCUCCAUCGCCACUUUUCGAUGAAACACAAAAUAUAACGGAACCGUUGACUUCGACAGUUGUAUUAUCCGAAGAGACAGAAUUCGUUGGUGCUGAUAAUGUUACUACCACGGUCCAAUCCAAUGGUACGUUGGUAUUGAUAACAGGAACAGAUGGUGCAGUAACACGUUUGACAGAGCUUCCUCUUCCGAUAUCUCCUUCGAGUAUCGAAACACUAACAAUCACAGAAACUGCUACUAGACCGGGUCCUGUUUUUGAAUUAACUGAUUUAAUAUCAGGUAAUUCUAACAUUGCAGCUAACAUCGGAGAAGCCAUUAAAGGAAUACUAAAUAAAUUUGCAAAGAAUAAUACAGUUGCACCUCAAGGUAGUGCUAUUCCAUUAGAAAACAGAGAAAAGCCACCAUUACCUCCGAGUGAUGGCAUAACAGUGAGCAAUGCUGAAGAACCCACUUAUAUUCCAAUAGGAGCAUUGGGUCGAAGUACAGAAGAAAAACACCUUGUUCCAAUUCUUCGACCGUCGGUCGUGGCCGGAAGUGGUCCUAUUGGUAGGAUACCAGGAAAUGAUGUUACUAUUAUUGAAAAUACGCAUACCCCAGUAACUCUAUUCACAGGUCUAAUCAUUCCCGGCUCGGAAUAUAAGGAUCCCAUUCCAAUACAACCGAAACCUGAAGAAAGUCUUGAAGUUCCUAAGAUUAUUACAGACGAAACAAUAUUUAUUCUACCUACGAAAACUGAAAUUAUAAGUCCAGCAACGAACAGAGAUGACGUAGCACCCGUAGAUUCGGAAACAACAGUAAUUACAGGAGAAGAAACCACGUUUAUUGAACCCAUCAUUCACGGAACAUACCAGAACUCUAACUUACAACCGUCUUCAAAGGAAUCUUCCACUGUUAGCGUUAAAACAAUCUUCUUCGAUACUAAACCGUCGAUAUCUGUCAUAAAUUCUAUUCCAACUUUCAUCACACCAAUUUUACCCAUAUCCAUACAUUCUCCAGAUAUCACAACCACUGAGGGAUCUUCCAUAAAAACUGCAAAAUCGGAAGAAAUCACUACGAUCAUCAUUGAAGAUUCAGCAACAUCGAAAGAGCCAAGUGUCACUAAAGCUUCAGAAGAAAGUAAAGCUACUGCACCUAUUUCUACUAUAACUGAUACUUCUACCACAAUUUUCUUUGAAAUCCCACAACCGAAAAAAGAAUCCGAGAUCACUCGUUACGUCACCAGUGUGGAGUCUACAAAUCGUGUCGUCACGUUGACUACCACCACGAUUUAUUACACAAGAGAGAGUCCGUUAACUAUAUCUUCUAUUUUGACGACAACGGUACCUCCCAGGACUUUUGUAUCCACUAUUAUAGGUACUAAAACCAUCUUAGGAACCUUGACAGAGUCGACAGAGUCGACAGUUUCAGUCAGUAAGAGCAGUAACAUUGUCACCACCUCGGCAUCAGAUAUUACGAUCAAAGCAACGACUCAAGCACCUACACCAACUAUAAAAACUUUUGUAGCACCGACUAGACAAGUCACUCCAGCGGUUGCAACAACAGUAAACAGGAUCCGACCUAUAUUAUUAGGAAACAGAACUUCAUCCCGUCCAAAAUAUCCAUUUACCUUCCCAACUACCACUAGGCCUACGGGAACCACCAAAAGAUUUAAGUUGCAAUUCAAGCCACCAGCUAGACCUACAGAAGUUACAUCUCCCAGACCAAGUGGACCAAAAGCCAUACUGAAGUUCCCAACACCUAAAACCACCACACCACCACCUCCUACUAGAGCAACACCACCUACAACACGCAAACCUUUUAAAAAGAAGCCGGGACAGAAAGUAAAACACGAUGAAUGUUAUCCAGAAUGUAGACCAGAAAUUAAGGAAAUGUGCAAGAAGGUCAGAGGUGAAUGGAAGUGUGUCUGCAGGCCAGGAUUUGCUAAGAAGAAAGGAAGUAGAAUAUGUGAAGAGAGUCAACAGUUCAUGUUACUAUUGCGCGUUGUUAAAGUCAACAAUGAAACUGCAAAUUACAAAAAGGAAUUCAACAACACCCUUUCUAAGGAGUACAAACAGUUUGUGGGAAUCGCCAAAAAAGCGCUGGACGAUGCUUACAACGUUACUGACAUUAGUACCAAUUUCAUCGGCGCUGAUGUCAUCUCUAUCAAAGAUGGCUCCAAGCCCGAAGGAAGAUCCGUACCAGAAGAUGGACUGUUGGUCAAUUAUACAAUUCAAAUGACUCGAAAUUCCCCUGCAGAUGAAAAAUUACUGAGACAACAACUGGAACAUUCUCUUCGUUUGACCAACUUUAGUAUAGGUGGAAGCGAGCUCUACUCCAGCGCCAUCAUCGAAAAUAUAAGAGAUCUGGACGAAUGUUCCGAUUCGGAGUACAACGACUGUUCUGGUAGCGCCAUUUGCAUAAAUAAAAGAGGAUCUUAUGAAUGCAAAUGCAAAGAAGGUUACGAAGAUCAGGAUCUGAAGUUUCCUGGUAGAAUAUGUUCAGGUGAAAUUAAGAAUUGUGAUUAUUGCGGUGGUCGUGGAGAUUGUAUCAUGACAGAUGACGAUGAGAAGAUUUGCAGGUGCCACAGAAUGUAUUUAGGUAAACAAUGCGAGAUUAAUGGACUCGUUAUUGCUAUUGCUCUACCUAUCGGUUUGGCAUUCUUGAUUCUUCUGGCAUUCGGUCUUCUUUGCUGCUGCCGUCGAAUCAGGAGACAGAAGAAACAGAAAGCCAAAUCUGGCAAUAUGUUCCGUGGUAUUGUGAGUCCACUAGCUGGAACUCUAGAUAAAAAGGCCAUGAUAAUGGAUACGUCUAGCGAAAGCAGUGGAGAGCAUCUACCUAGAGUGGGGCAAGGUUUCGACGGCUUUGCUAAUGAAAACGGCAAAAGGAGUAGCAAAAAGAGCGAUUUAAGCAUGGAUCGUAGCUUUUCGACUGGCUUUAGUGUUCCUUCUGUGAUGAUACCAAGAGCACGUCAUCAUCGAAGUCAUAAACAGACUGGUCCUGCAAGUGAUAGCGGCUUGCAAUCUAAGAAACCACCUGUUCUGGAUAAUAACAUGGCAGAAAGCCGAUUGCUGAAUAUUCUAGAAGGUUCAGCACAUCAGGCAAGAGAGUUACGAAAUAUGAAAGAAAAAAGCAGUUUUGCAUCUCUGCCUAAUCGUGGUAGGAUGAAGAAGAGAAGAGAAAGUGACUCCAGCGAUAACGUGAGUGUGAGGUUGCACAGAUUACCAGGAAUUGCAGAUUUGAGCCAGAAAUCUGAAAUGAGACACAGGCAUAAACAUGACGGUUACAUGGAUAGAUCACGACCUAACAGCCGGCAGACUGAAGCAAGAAGUUCGGUUUUGGGGAUGAAUGGCACAGAUGAUUACAGUUCGCAACUUAGCGAACGUGUUAGAAAAUUUUCUCACGAAUUCGACAGUAGAACUCGAAUAUCUCCGAUGUCGGAUGAUCAAUCUAUAGAUCGAUCCGGAUUUAAGCACUUGCAAUCCGAAAGAAGCGUCAGUAGGUCAAUAUUGGAGGGUGCAGAAGCUCGAAAUAGAAGUUCGUCAGAAGCAGGAAGAUCCUACGACGAAACAACAGUUCAACCAUCUGUUAAACGAUACAGCGUGGCAUCAGAUUAUCAUCAUUCAAGCUCUAAAGGAAAAUCGUCAAGAAUCUUACCUACAGAUGAUUUCGGAACCGAUAGAGACGAAGCUGUUACUGAUGUAAGCUUCUCCACUACAGCAAUAACCAAUGCAAGAAAAUCUGAAAGAACCGACCUUGACAGCGAAAGAAUAUCAGAUAGUAGUUUCUUCUCCUUUGUUUUACCCAAAGUACAUUAUGGAGGAAAGAAAUCAAAAAACGCUCCAAAUCGUCAGAACAGAGAACAAGGGCGAAAUUAUUACUGUUACGAUCAACACGUGUCUCUAGAAGAUGAACGAUCUUAACGAGAACAUAAAAAUUGAAGUGCCAUUAUUAUUAAUAAUGAGACUAUAGAGAAAAACGCCAUCAAUGUAUGGCUACAGGUCCGUGUACCUGUACAACAUAUAAGCCUAUAUAUCAACUAAUAUUGUAAACAUUGAUCGCGUGUUCAAGUAUUUAGGCUUCUAUACUUAAUAAAAGCAUAAUUUAACGCCAUUUUUUGAGCGAAAUGAGAUGUAAACGAUUAUAGAAUGAUGAGUUGUAUCUUCCCAUAUGAAGAGAUAUAGUAAUAUUAGUAGUAAUAUCAAUAAUAAUAAUCAAAAAAAAAGUUCUUUAAUACUGUACUUGCUAGUCAUUUUUAUGUUUGUUUUGGCUAAUUCGAUUUUAAUUUUGUUUCCGUGUAAAUAAUAGGUUCUUCCAUAUUCGACUUUCAAAAUUAUUAACAAAAACAUAAAAAAAUU